AAAAUAUUUUAUAACUAAUUUUCACCAAUGGCAUUUUCAUGUUUUAACGCUUUUAUGAAUCUAAGCCACACUUUGAAUACGGAAUCGGUAUUAACGGUCACACAAUGUGUUCUAAUGGAUACAGAAUCGACACUUAUUUACCUACCAUUCCUCAUAUGGUUGAUCCUAACCAAGUAUACUAUGGUUGACAAUAGUAGUAAUAGUAGUAGUAGUAGUGCCAAAACAUUAUCGUCCAGUAGAUUACAAUUAUUGACAACUUUUUUAACAACUAUAUUAUUGACAAUUUCAUUAAAUGAUACAAUUGAUGCAAUAGAUAGACAUUAUUUACAACAGCAACAAUUAAUUAGCAUGAACAAUUUUGUUUUAUUGCUAACCUAUCUAGUCAAAACGUUAACUUAUAUAUACUUAAUAUUAGUGCAAAAUUCAAAUAAUAAUAAUUUUGCUAAAAAUAAUAUUACAAUUAUACGAUUAUUUUGGAUCAGUUUAUUUAUACAAACUAUUUACAAUGUGUCAAUAAGCCAGGUGAUAAAAAAUUUGCAUUUUAUAUUAAUUGGCUCACAAUUGUUGUUAUCAUUGUUUACGGGACCAACUAGACCAAUUACCAAUGAUGAUGAUGAUGAUGAUAAUAUUAAUAAAGAUAUCGAGACUAAAGUGUGUCCAAAAUAUCGGGCAUCGUUGUGGUCGAAGCUGACCUACGGCUGGUUUACGCCGAUGAUAAUGAAAGGCUAUCGACGCGAUCUGACCAUCGACGACAUGUGGUCGCUGGACCGGUCGCGUCAGUCGGCCGUAGCKGUCAAACGUCUGGAACAACAUUGGAGAUCAUCGACGACGACGACGGCGGCCGACGACGACCACCAUUACAACCACAAUCAUCGGUCACAUCCGCGGAAAUCGCAAACACGCGAAAAGACGGCCAACUUUUUCGUAGCCAUAUUGAGAACAUUUUGGCCACAAUURGCGGCCAACGCAUUGCUGAGUCUGGCCAUCACUUUGUUUGGCUUUUCCGAUACCUUAUUAUUGGACCGUUUUAUUACGUUUAUGACGCCCAACAAUCCGGAACCGCUUGUCAAUGGCUUUAUCUAUGCCUUAUUGAUGUUUAUGGCACCGGUAGUCGAAACUAUUGUCGAAAAACAAUACUAUCACUGGAGUUCAGCCAUACAAAUGAAUAUCAUGUCUGCAUUGAAAUCCAUAAUCUUUCAAAAGUCAUUGAGACUGUCGAGCACCGGUAGACGUGACUAUUCAUCGGCUGAGAUAAUAAACCUAAUAUCUAACGAUGUCUGGCGUGUCGAGUCGUUUAUCUAUCAGAUUAUAUCAACACUGACCAGUGUUGUCCAGUUUUCCCUAUCGCUGUGGAUACUGUGGGGCCGGUUGGGCGUUGCAUCACUGGCCGGCCUAACGUUUAGCGUACUACUGGUACCGGUAAACUGGUGGCUAUCGAGGGACGACAACCGACUCUGGGAGUUGGGCUACGAGUGUCGGACUAAGCGUAUCAAAAAACUUAACGAAUUGAUUACAAAUAUCCGAUUUUUGAAAGUAAACGCCUGGGAACCGGCAUUCAGGGAUCAAGUGUUUCGGUUACGUAAGCAGGAAAUGGAUGCUAAUAUUUCGGCCAAUAGACGUAGCAAUUGGCGAUCGUUAUACUAUAGUAUAUCGUAUUUUAUGGAAAAUGCGAUAACAUUUUUUGCAUUCAUAUACAUAUCCGAUGACAAUAUAUUAGAUCCAAAUAAAGUGUUUGUCUCGCUAUCAUUGAUGGGAAAAUUAAAAAUUGGAUUCAUAACUAGUAGUAUCAAUAGUACUAAAGAGUUUUUAAUAUAUUAUCGUAAAUUGAAAAAAUAUUUCGACGCCAACGAAAUCAACGACCAGUCUAUUGGUCACGACAUCAUCGACGAUAAGAUAGCGAUUUCGAUGAAAAACGUGUCGUUCAGUUGGGACCCGAUAUCUACUACUACUACUACUACUACUACUACUAAUAAAACGAUACUCAGAAACCUGACGCUCAGUUUACGCUCGGGUAGUUUGGUAGCCGUUGUCGGACAGGUAGGUAGCGGAAAGUCGUCACUGUUGUCGGCACUGUUGGGCGAAAUGGACAAAUCAAUGGAUGGCUUAGUGAACGUCAGCGGCCGAACCGCUUAUGUAUCUCAGGAGCCGUGGAUACAGAAUACGACAAUCAAACAGAAUAUUCUGUUUACGAAACGAUUUAAUAAACUAUACUAUAAUAAAGUCGUGGAUUCGUGUGCUCUUCGACCGGAUCUCCAGAUUCUCGGGGCCGGAGAUCUGACCGAAAUCGGCGAAAAAGGUAUCAAUUUAUCGGGUGGUCAGAAACAGCGGGUAUCGUUGGCGAGAGCUGUCUAUUCCGAUGCAGACAUCUAUCUAUUGGACGAUCCUUUAAGUGCUGUCGACGCACACGUAGGUCGUCAUCUGUUUGACCAUAUCAUUGGACCGAAAGGUCUUCUACGGCAUAAAACUCGUGUUUUAGUGACACACAAGGCAUCGAUUUUGCCCGAAGUCGACCAAAUUGUUGUCAUGAAAAACGGUGCGAUCAGCGAAUUGGGAACUUUCGACGAUCUGAUGUCACGGGACGGCGAUUUUGCCCAAUUUAUUGCCGAAUUUGUCAUGAAUGAGGUCAUACCGACGGAAGACAACGGAACAGACAUCAUAGAUGAGAACAAGGAGUCUGAAAUGCUGUCCAAACUACGGGCAUCGGCCAAACCAAUCAUUGAACGCCAGGAGUCGGUUAUGUCUAACGACAGUAGCGGCGGCGGCGGCGGCAGCGGUUGUUUUGUCCGACAGCGAAGUACGGCGGCGGCGGCUACUAUAUCGCGUAGUCAGUCGUUGGUCAGCGAUUCGGUUAUAACUGACGAUGCGGACGAUGACAAUAGCGAUGAUGACACUGAUUAUAGUGAAUCCGAUGGCAAACUGAUUGCCGACGAAAAAUUGGAAACCGGUUCAGUCAAAUGGUCGGUCUAUCGGCGCUACUUUCAAAUGUUAAAACUAGACUAUCUGUCCCUUUGUAUUGUCAGCUACUUAAUCGCCUAUUCGGCCCGUAUCGGCUCCGACCUGUGGCUGAGUAACUGGUCUAACGAUGCAUUGGACGCCGAACGGGCUGCCGAUAAACAGCUGCGUAACCGACGUCUUACUGUUUAUACGGCACUCGGUUUUGCCGAUCCCUUGUUUAUGAUGUUUGCCGAGAUAUUGGUCCUCAAAGUGUGCUUCAAUGUUGGCCUAGAGAUACACAAUCAGAUGGUUGAGCGUAUGAUUAUGGCUCCCAUGUCCUACUUUGACACUACACCCGUCGGCCGAAUACUGGACCGGUUCUCGAAGGACAUGAACACUAUUGACAAUGCAAUGUUCUAUCAUUUAUGGUUUACCCUAAUGAGACUGUUCUCACUAUUGAAAUACCUGUCCAUUUUGUCCAUCGAAACACCACUGAUACUGUUGGCCAUCGGCCCGGUAGCCAUUGUCUAUACCUAUGCUCAGCGUAUAUACAUUGCGGCGUUGCGUCAACUGAAACGUCUAAAAUCGUCGGCCAGUUCGCCGAUAACCUCCUAUUUUGUCGAGUCGUACAACGGUACCAGUACUUUGCGAGCCUACGGAGCUACCGAUUAUUCCCUAGGCGAAAGCUAUCGGCGAAUGGACACCAAUAACAGUAUGUCCGAUAUAUCCGAAUCGGCCCGCUAUUGGAUAGACAUUCGGGUGAACGCCCUGAGCGCUACAAUUGUGUUUUUGGUGUCCACAAUGAGCGUCCUGUUGCGCGGUUCAGUGGCACCCGGACUGACCGCACUGGCCAUCCAGAGUGCACAGUAUAUUACGAAUGUUUUCCACUAUUUUCUACGCGGACUAACCGACACCGAGACCGAUAUGGUUACCUUCGAGAAGUGCCUGGAGUUUACCAACAGUCCCAUUGAGGCCGACUGGUCAACUGGUAGUGUACAAGUGCCUAAUGAUUGGCCASAAAAAGGUUGUAUCCGAUUUGAAAACUAUAGCACCCGUUAUAGGGAUGGUUUGGAUUUAGUACUCAAAGAUCUAUCGUUUGAGAUCCGAGGCGGCGAAAAGGUGGCCAUUGUUGGCCGAACCGGUGCCGGAAAGUCGUCGCUAGUGUCGGCAUUGUUUCGGGUUAUUGAACCCAUUUCGGGUACCUUUUAUAUCGACGGCAUUGAUUGCACACAAAUUGGUUUACACGAGUUGAGGUCACGGCUGACGGUUAUAUCGCAGGACUCGUAUCUAUUCAGCGGUAGUUUGCGCUACAAUUUGGAUCCAUUGGAUCAGUAUUCUGAUGAUGAACUCUGGUCUGCAUUAGAGUCGACACAUUUACGGACAUUUGUCCAGUCACUUGAAUCGGGUCUCAAACAUGAAAUUGCCGAAAACGGCGAAAAUCUUAGUGCCGGCCAAAAACAGUUGAUUUGUUUGGCCAGAGCUGUACUGCGGCGCACAAAGAUUGUGGUGUUGGACGAGGCGACGGCCUCCAUUGAUAUGGAAACGGAUGACUGGAUUCAGAGGACAUUGCGAUCGGAGUUCAAGUGGUCGACAAUCGUAACAAUUGCUCACCGAUUGAACACAAUCAUAGACUACGACAGAGUGUUUGUAAUGGAUGGGGGAGUAGUGGUCGAGUCGGGACAUCCCAUGAAACUCCUAAACCGUACGGACAGUCGAUUUUAUUCAAUGGCUAAACAACAAAAUCUU